AUGGCUACGUCCCCACGUGAUCCCGCGCACAGCGCGUCAGGCUCCGCCGCUGACGGCGCGUCUCACCAUUGGACUUUCUCCCGCCCUCUUGUUGAAGAUAUUGCGCCGACCGCCAAGCUUCUCCCAGACAUGGUUCGCCAGCAGCUUGCUGACGAGCCUGUUAAUGUCUAUAACGAGCCUUGUCCGUCGCAGCAGAAAGAGAUGAGGUCGAUCUUUGGAAAUUCUCAUCUGACGUCGUCGAUUGCUGGGAGGUCAGCGAUGCAGCCGGCGAUGGGAUCCACGUGUUGGCUCGACUCGCCGCUCCUUUACAUCCCUUCCUCCCAAUCUCUCUCACCUAACGCUUCACAAUCUUCGUCGCACGCGUCGUCGCAAUCGUCGCCGCAUGCAUCGCCGACGUCGCCACCAUGCAUCACACCAAACGCGUCUGCGAACGACUUCUCAGCGCUCGAUUCCCCAAUCCAGUCCCGUCAUCACGAUUCCACCCAUCACUUCGACCCACCAGCAACCCCCUUCACUCUCGAAUCGCAACGACCCGACGCGCCGCUCCCUUCCCCCCGGCCCUCCUGUGCGACGUCAUGGCCUCCGUCUGCGACGACCGCGUGCAACCAAACCGGAACUUCGAGCUGCUUUAAUCACGCUCCCCCCUACUCCCCCGCUCCCUCGGGAUGCGCGCACUCCUCUGCCCUUACCGCACGCUCCCGAUCCCCCGCUUUCACCGCCCCGGGCCCCGCAUCCGCGCCGUGCUCCCCGCUGAAGUCGUGGCGGGAAAAGCGGCAUCAUGCGGGGAAAGGAGUGCGGGGCGGCUCCGCUUUGUCAGCGGUGGCGCGAUGGGUGGUGGCGGCGGCAGCGACUGGAUACGUGGGCGAUAACGUAUCACUCAGUGACGUGGAGGUAGUUGCGGGGGCACUGAAAGCGGGAGGUGCGGGGAAGGCGAUGGCGCUGGCAGCUAGCGUCGCGAGGAGGAGCAUUAGGAGAAGCUUUUUGGUGGGAGUGGUGGCACUGCUGCUCUGCAGCGUGUUGUUGAAUGUCACGACGACGACGACGACGACGACAGGGGUGUUGCAGGAGCAGUGGCAACAGCGCCCCUUCACGCUCGGGUCCAUUCGCUUCCUUCCCUCCUCCCCCCGCCUCUCUGCGACGACUGCGACUCUUGCGACACAGCCUGGGACUGACUCUGCAACGGCCGCUGUGACGGCCCUCGCUGUGCUCCCUAGUAUCAACGAGAACAGCGUACUUGUGACUGUAUCGGGUGACCCCGAAACAGUGGAGCCAGGGACGGCAGGGCAGGCCGAAGCGGUGGGGCGAGCGGAGGAGGCACAUGACAGCAAAGCUGAAUGGGAGGAUAAGGGAGUAGGCGCAUCAGGAGGAGGGAGAGGAGGGGAAGGAGGAGGAGGAGGGGAAGGAGGAGGAGGAGGAGGAGGAGGGGAAGGAGGAGGAGGAGGAGGAGGAGGAGGAGGAGGAGGGAAGGAGGAGGCAGAGGGGAGUUGCAAGGGGCCCCAGGAGGAAUCGGGCAGCGACGACGCGGUGGUGCGCGCGGGGCGCAGCGACACGGGGUGGCAGUGGAUGGAGACGGUGCGCGGCAGCGCGGGCACGGCGGCACAACCGGCGCAGCUGAAGCAGUGCAUCGAGCGGUCUAAGACGCAUAAAGUCCCGGCGUCGCGCACCAACGGCUACCUGGUCGUGACGGCCAACGGCGGACUCAACCAGAUGCGCGCAGCGAUAUGCGACAUGGUGGCCGUGGCUCGCCUCAUGAAUGCCACGCUGCUGCUGCCUCGCCUCGACCACUCCUCCUUCUGGGCCGACCCCAGCGAAUUUUCGGACAUCUUCGAUAUAGAGCAAUUCAUUAAGGUGCUGCAGCCUGAUAUCCGCAUAGUGCAGUCGCUGCCUGUCCACCUGCAGUCCGUGCAGGCGCCAGAGAUUCAACCCAUUUCCUGGUCUAACGCGUCCUACUACAAGGAUCAGCUGCUGCCGCUGCUGAAGAAGCACCAGGUGCUCUCCUUCCCUCUCUCCGAUUCACGCCUCGCCAACAACCGCCUGCCAGCGUCGCUGCAGCGCCUGCGGUGCCGCGCCAACCAGCAGGCACUGGCUCACACGGAGUCCAUUCAGGCCGUGGCCAGGGAGGUGGUGCAGCGCCUCAGGGAGCGAGGCCCGCGCUUCAUUGCACUGCACUUGAGGUACGAGAAGGACAUGUUGGCGUUCACGGGGUGUGAGCACGGGCUGAGCGUGCAGGAGAGCGAGGAGCUGAGGGCGAUGCGCAUGGCGGUGGCGCGGUGGAAGGAGAAGGACAUCAAUGGGGACACCAGGCGCCGUGACGGGCUGUGCCCGCUCACACCACGUGAGACGGCGCUCAUGCUGAGGGCGCUGGGGUUUGGCAAUGACACGGUGCUGUAUGUGGCCGCUGGGCCCAUCUACGGCUCCAAGGGCCUGCAGGAUCUGGAGGCUAUAUUCCCCAACACCUUCACCCACUCCACCAUCCUGCCGCCAGCGCAGCUCGCCUCACUAUUGCCCUUUCAGAACCGCCUGGCAGCUGUGGACCACGAGGUCUCGGUACAGAGCGAUGCGUUUGUGUUCACGUAUGAUGGCAACAUGGCCAGAAUGGUGCAGGGGCACCGGCGGUUUCAUGCGCAUGCGCCUACCAUCGACCCUGAUAAACGUGCAAUCAUCCAUGCUCUAGAUGCCUAUCAAACGGGGAAUACCACAUGGAAUGAGACAAAAAAGGCUAUCCGCAAAGCGCACGGGCCAUAUCGAUUGGGGAUGCCUAGAGCAAGGAGGGUGGGGGAUAACCCCAAGCUGGAGGAUUACUUCUUUGCCAAUCCCUAUCCAGGCUGCAUGUGUCGACAACCUCAGUCCACUAUCAGCCAUUAG